CACGUUGGUCUGCAUUCUGGCUGGGUAUACUGCUGCACUUAAGAAGUGCUUCCUGUGGUCACCUGGGCAGCGUUCAAAGGGAAAAAAGUUUUUAAACGCAACUUUUCCAAUGCUCUAGAGAAAGCUAGUGUAAGGCUUUCCCUGGGAUUCCUUUAUCGCAGACAACACGAAAGUGGAGCACUUGGCAUAGUGCCAUAUGUAGCCUAGGCAAGAGAGCAGGCGAUAGCUUCUUGAGGAAAAUGAAAACUGAAGUUUCAGAACAUCAGCUCUGAAUACCAAUGGAAAAGUCUUACAAGCUCAUAUUUAUACUUAUAACAGCUAUAGCCCUAUGCAAACACUCCCAGGCUGAAUGGAAUGCAACAAAAGCGUCAGCAAACAAGACUGUAUCCUGUACUCCCAAUGACAACAGCAGUAACUGUGCAGUGACCAAAGAGACUCACACAUGGAACAGCCAUUUCUCCAAGUGUCCAGAACAGUACAAGCACUACUGCAUUCAUGGCAAGUGCCGCUUCGUCACGGAGCAGAACACCCCGUCCUGCCGUUGUGCCAGUGGAUACACUGGUUCCCGAUGUGAAUAUUACCAGUUUGACUGGCUCAUAGGAGACAAGAGGCAGAUCAUCAUUGCCUGUGUGAUUGCGGGGCUGGUUCUCCUCAUCAUUCUGCUUGUGUUCAUCUGCGUAUGUACAAAUCGACCUAAACUCUGCAGAAAAAAGAAGAGAAGGGAGGAGAAUAAAAAGGAUGAGAUUGAGAAGCUUCGCACCAUAAUCUCCAGUGAGGCCUCAGCUCCAGCUCCAGAAACACUGGCCACAAAUGCGGUGUGAGAUGGCGUGCGCAGCUCCUCUGAUGUCAUGUCACUCAGGUCUUGGUGGCGAUAUCAUCAACAAUGCAUCGCUGAAGGUUUCCAUUUCCCUACCAGUCAGAUUUUAGCUUGGGGCAGAUCAAUCAUAUCCUUUUUGCUCGGAACCAUUCGUCUCGCCAAAACACAACACAAAGUGGAACUCCCAUAGCUGUCACAGACAGAUGAAUGGGAUGGAAGCAAAUUCCAGUAACUCGGCAGUACUCUGGGAAUUACCUGGGAGAGAGAGUCGGCUCAUCUGGAGAACGCAUGACCCGAUCUUUCCACACCCUUAUAUAGACACCAACGAAGAAGAGCGCUCGGAGCUGAGUGCCUCUGCUGUCAGAUUCAAGGCGCAAAAAGCCUCUUGGUCUCGGUCUAAACAGGGCAGAGAGGGAUUUGUCUGUGACGCCAUGCAGGCAAGCUCCUGUGCUAAUGGCAUGUGGGUAGCCCUGUCUUAACAACACACAGGAAAGCCAGACAAAGUGAAGUCUACACUUCAGCCUUAGACUACUGAGGUGAUGUGUUGAUUGGAAAGAAGUGACUAUGAGGGAAAAAAAGAAAGAAAGAAAGAGAGAGGAUCCUCAUCGCAUAUAAUGCUGUCAUUUACUUAUCUGUGUUUUAUGAUGAAAUUUAUGUUCGGGGAUGCUCAACAAAAGGGGCUGUCUCUUGCUGGACAAGCUGAUGGCCCCAAGGAACGAUAGCUCCCAUUCCUCCCUCAAUCUAAAAUUUUUAUUCAGUCAGGCAAUUGGAAAUGUGUGCAGCAGUCUUUGAUGGUGAUCUCUGGAGUAGAUAUAGAGACAAUUGAGUGGGUGACUGUAUGACAACACGGAACCAAGCUAUUCGUGCCUCAGCAGCUGUGAAAAAAAAGGGAUUAGCUCUGGGCUGGGGUGACAUGGGUUGUCAUAAAAUAAGGUCUAAAGGCCCGAUGAGCAUGUUGGUUGUCUCAUAAGAUUCUUCUUCUUUCCACACGCAACACUGUUAGUGUAGAUGCGUUUACACUUAGAGGCUCAAGCUUUUCAUGAUAUUAUGUCCAGAUUAAUCCAGUGGUGUACCUCACAUUGCACCUUCUUAAGAGUUACAGAUGUUUCACUUGUUAGUCUCUUGCAAUACAUUGUGCAAGGUAUUAUUUUGUGAGAUUAAGUGUUUAUUAUCAAGCUAAUAAUACAUUGUCAUAUACAAAAACAUCGGUGGAGGUCGGCACAAAUUAGAUAUGAAAUAAGCUAAAUUGUAUUUUUAAUUGUCAAUUUUAAAUUAAACAAGAAUCAUCAGUCAGUCCAUUAUGUGACUAAUUGAGUUAUAAUUGGUCUCACCAGCCACUUGCUUGAAUGAAUUCCACUAAUUAAUGGAUGGAAUUAUGCUGAUUUUAAGGAUGAAGGUGAAUUGUUCGGUAUGGUCCAUUAUAGAUAAUGUGUUUCAUUUAUUUAUUCUUUAUUCUUUGAAAUGUGUUCAUUUGUCCCAAACAUUGAGCUAAUUCAGAACCUAUUCUGGGAAGAAUAGAGUCAUAAGCUAGUGGUAUGAUUUUGUUAUGAAAAGGCAUCAUUUCAGAAUGUCCAGAGGGUUUUGUCUUAUGUAAACAGUGUUGUGUUAUUGUAAAAUUAGCUAUGAGGUUUAUUGGAUUAAAAUCCAACAGGCAAAUUCCAUUAUGCUGUAAUGCAACAUAGUCAAACCCCACAAAAUUAUUUGUAAGGGUUUAUACUGACCUCAGUAUUAGAUUGUUGGUUUAUACUGCCAGUGUGGUAGUUUAGAUGUUAAAGCACAUCUUAAUGCAGUUUUUUUGGCAAAGACCUGUUUACAGUUUCACUUUCCAAAUGUAGCUGUUCGUGUUUUAUCCAUGAUUGAUAAUUAUACGCAGUAAUUAUCAGAUUCAAUGUACACAUAUGUAUUUUUAGAAGCUUUGUAGAGGUCUACAUAUUCACACAGUAAAUUAAAACAUAUUUUGACUUGCAAUAUUGGUAUAUGUGUCACUGACUUUACCAAAUUUCCCUCACGGGAUCAAAAAAGUAUAUAUACUUAUACUUGAAUCUAUGAUGAACAUGAAUAACAGCCUGUCCAAACCAGGAUCAUUAAAUUGUUUGACAGCAUUCUUUCAAAUUAUACAGUCAGAUGACUGCAUGUCCCCCUCCCAAUGAUUGCAGGAAAUGCCUGAGAGAGGAAUUCUGCAAUCUGACUGUUCUGUACAACAGACACUAAUCGCACUCCUUUGACUAUGGACACAGCAGUUUAUUCAGGACCCUUCUGUCUGCCACGAACAUAAAGGAAUCUUGCUUCACACCAGGCACAGCUCUCUUCCCCAGCCCAUUCAUAUGAAAAGAAUCCUGCUUCUUAAGGCUGCCUCCUCAGCCCACCACUGCACUGAGGAGAACACUGGUGACAAUUGACUGCAGCAGGAGUUUCCUACAGAUAUUGAAGGAGCUUUCUCUGGAAAAAGCACUCGUUUUUGCCUGUUUCUUCAAAGACUGUCGACAUUUGCUGACCAGUCCAGUCUAUUAUCCAGCUGCAUCCUCAAGUCCUUAAAUGUGCUGAGCAUGGAUGAUAUAGAACUGGAAAGAGGGAGGAAGUACCACCAAAAAAAGUUUGAAUUUCACUGCAACCAUCCUUUUCAAAAUGCACAUUUCACGGGGCUCAUUUGCGGCACCAUCUAAAGUCAGCCAACCUUGCAGAGGAAUAAAGCGUAGAAUUCAGCGGUAUAUCGUUGAUACGGAUUUGUUGAAGACUGGCCCUGGGCCCCCCCAAGUCCUCCCCCACCCCACCUCCACCUCUAGUUCACCUCACGGUCACGGUGUUGUCUGUGAACUUCUAUAUGUGGUAUGAGUCAAAGUUGAAGUACUAAAGUCAGUACCUGAAGUCAGAAGUGUAAUGGGUGGACAUGACCAGGGAAAGCAGUGUCCCCUGUGGUGUGGUUGUGCUAUUGACUGUGUUAAUGCCAGACCGAAAUUUCAGUCUGAAAGGAGCAAUGCCACAUCCUGGCAAACGGCGGAUCUUCCCAUAGACCUCUGAAGUUCACCUACAAAAAAGAACCAAACCUGCCAUCUUUGCCCAUAUAAGGAGAUCUAGGUGUUAAUUGAAGCUAACUACCUAUAACAACUUGCAUUGGAAGUUAGCUCUGGGGUAGAAAAAGUCUAAGUUUGCUGUCUUAACCGACUGAAGAUCACCACUCAAAGGCAGAGGGCAAAAUUGAGUUAAGCAAAACGUCUGCAUUUCAGACGUCUUUGUCACCAUGACAGUUUAACAGGUGCAAUAAUAAUUUCAAAACCCCAUGUUAUUUUUCCAUAGGAAAAAUCGCAAGAUACUGGAUCCCAAAGAUUGCAGUUUAUUUGUAGGUGAACUUCAGAGGUCUAUGAGGUAGGGCUGUGAUCGAGGUCACCAGGCGUGCAUCCACCCUCAACUCUGCCAGCUUUUCCCUCAGGAGCUGGGACUCAGGAGAAGUUAAAGAAUACGACUGUCACUACACCACCCCCUUGUUUAGGUGAGAGUGAGUCCUGCGUAGCAGAUAAACAUGGCAUCUUCCACAUCCAUUACAUGUGAUGUCUAGGCAAUUGGCCUGAAGUGAUUCAGCACACUAGGGGGUGUCUUUUGGUAACUGGGAUGUGAGAAAUGAUGUCUUUGAUUGCACAAGGACCUUCUCCAAUUGCAGUAAGCUGUGGACAUUUUCUAUUAUCUCUUUUACACACAAAAUUAACUGUUCGUGUUAAUUUCACUUUGCUACCUCUUCUGAUGAAAAUUACUUGGGGAACUUUGAUUGUCUUUUGCCUCAGAACUGUGUCCGAAGGCAACAACUUUCCUCCAAAUUGGCAGCAUGUUGUGCUCUGUGGACUAAUUGCCCUAUAGCCAAUUCAAUCUGCACUGUGCAAACCCAGUGCAAAUAAGCCUCGCGCUGAUAAAGCUUUGAAGAGCCGCUUCUUCACAGAGCGCUUUAUUGCACUCAAGUCCCCUAGUAAGCUCCUGCCAACAGAAACUGGCCGGUGUGACCUGCAGGCGCGAGCUCAUGUUUCAGCUUGGCCAUAAAUAGAGCGCUCUUGCCCUGAUGUCAGUGAUCAAAGAACGAUAGGAAUCCAGCACCUCCACUGCAGGCAUCACAUGACGUAGGGGAUACACUUGUGUGUGUGUGCGUGGGUGUGUGUGUGUGUGUGCUGGCGCGCCCAGCUGCAUGUGGGUGUGUGUGUGUGUGUGUGCGUGCCGGUUGUUACUCUUAGAUUCAUCAAGGCCCUGUCACUUUUGCAUCAGCAGUUGAAAUACUUGCCAGGGCUGUCGCAUGUGGGUGUGUGUGUGUGUGCGUGCCGGUUGUUGCCAGGGCUGUCGCAUGUGGGUGUGUGUGUGUGUGCGUGCCGGUUGUUGCCAGGGCUGUCGCAGUUGUCAAGUGAAAAUCAUUAUCUUUUCCUCUUCUUUCUCUUUUUAGCAUUUCUCUCCUCAAAGAAAUUACUUUCUGACUGUCAACACAUUCCUCCAGAACUACUUUAAUAGCAGGAGGAACAUGAAUUGAUAGUCAGAAAAUCAAACAGUAUGCCGAAAAACACACCGCCAUAUCAAUGGUCCACUCUAUAUUCAAUCCCUUGCUUACUGCCAUGACCUGUUAAGGACAGAGCGACAGCACUGGGCUGUAUAAUAAAGUCAUAGCUAGCCCUGAGUAGCCCCAGAUGACCUUUGGCUGAUGGCUUUAUAGGGCCGCUGUGCAGCGAGAUGAAGGGCGUGCCUCCGAAACCGCUCAAGAGGAAAACAUCUUGCUGGUAUCGGAAGUGUGUGAUAACAAGUGCCUCUGGUCUAGGAAUUAUGAAAGAUGGCUUCUGGCACACUUUGAAAAAGUUGUGCCGUAUGAGAAAUAUAUUGUUUAUGACUGUGCUAGUGUUUAGAGUCUGUAUGUAGACUAUGUGCCAUUGCAUAAUACAAUACAGCUGAAACUAAACUGAUAUUUGUUUUACAAUUUAUUAAACUGCAUUAUAUCCACAGCAAA